CGUUUUUCCGUUCGAGGUUUCUGUCGGGGAAGAAGCCAAGCCAAGUGUGUGCGUGCGUGUGUGUGUGUAUGUGCGCGAAAAGGGAAGCCAACAAUAAAACCGAACCUUAAAAAGUGUGUAAAAAUACGUCCGCCAGCGGUAAUCCACGCGCCCGUAAAGCAUCGUCCACGCGUUUGUGCAGCACCGAAAGUGUACGUAGCGCGCACCGGUCUAGCACGCGGAAAACCACCCCCCUGGCAGUGACGCAGCCAUUGGAUACGCCGCAGCACACCAGCAAGCACACGUACGGCGCGCCAGCUUCAACCGAAAACAAACAUGGCCGAUAUGCAGGACGCGGAAAUGAACGGCAGCAGCCAGGACGUGCCGGAGAACGGCCAGAACCAGAUGGACAGCGAGGAUAACAUGAGCGGCAACAACGGUGCGUCUGGCGGUAACGGAGGAGGCGGCGGCGGUGGUGGCGGCGGCGGCGGUGGCGGCAGUGACAGUCAGAGCAAUGCCCGGGACGACGAGCGGAAGCUGUUCGUCGGCGGGCUGAGCUGGGAAACGACGGAAAAGGACCUGCGGGAACACUUCGGCCAGUACGGCGAGAUCGAAAGCAUCAACGUGAAGACGGACCCGAACACGGGCCGCUCGCGCGGCUUCGCCUUCAUCGUGUACAAAGCGUCCGACUCGAUCGACAAGGUGGUGGCGGCCGGCGAGCAUGUGCUGAACAACAAGAAGGUCGACCCGAAGCGGGCGAAGGCCCGCCCGGGCAAGAUCUUCGUCGGCGGGCUGACGUCCGACAUCAGCGACGAGGAGAUCAAGACGUUUUUCGGCCAGUUCGGCACGAUCGUCGAGGUGGAGCUGCCGUUCGACAAGCAGAAGAACCAGCGCAAGGGCUUCUGCUUCAUCACGUACGAGUCGGUGCAGGUGGUGAACGAGCUGCUGAAGACGCCGAAGCAGACGAUCGCUGGGAAGGAGGUGGACGUGAAGAAGGCCACCCCGAAGCCGGACGGCCAGAUGGGCGGUAUGGGCGGCGGUGGCGGCAUGGGCAUGGGCGGGGGCGGCCGGGGCGGUAACAUGCGCGGCGGCAUGCCCGGCCGGGGCGGUAUGCGCGGACGGGGCGGCCCGAAGGGUGGCUUCGGCGGUGGCGGCGGCGGCUGGGGCGGCCCGGGCGGCUACGGCGGCUACGACAGCUACAGCGGGUACGGUGGCCAGGGCUACGGUGGCGGCGGCUUCGACGGUGGCUUCGGCGGGUACGGCGGGGGCGGUUUCGGGGGUGGUGGAGGCGGCGGCUACAUGAACGGCGGCCGCCAGGGUGGCCAGCGGGGCGGCAAGGGCGGCAGCGGUGGGUUCAAGCAGCGCGGCGCCGGCGGUGGCGGUGGCGACCGUCCACCGAGGCACGCACCGUACUAAAGUGAAUCAAAAUCCAUCCCACCGACCUACUCACCCCCCUUCGCCCAUCCCAUCCCAUCCCAUCCUUCCAAAACGCCCAUCUACUUCUUCCUAUUUGUGCUUAGGAUUUAGUUCUUUUUUUUUUUCUUUGUACUCUAGAUAAAUAAACAACAGUCCCCCUGUCUCUUUGUGUAAUUAUCUGGCCCGAUCCUUUCCCGGCCACCAAGCGCAGUAACUGUAGUAAUGAUCGUCAUCCCUCUCCUGCCCUCCAACCCUACUCCGCCCCGCAACCUUCUCCCCUCGCCGACCGUGUCUCGAAAGUCCUUAGUAAGCGAGAUUAUCUAUUGUAGAGUAUGAGCAGCAGCAGCAGCAGCACGAGCUAGGCGGGCGCGGCGCAAGGCUCUGAGAGAGAGGCAGCAGAUCAGGGAUUUUAAUUCCACCCCACAACUCACACACACCACACUUACAUACACAUUUAUAUAGUGUUUGCAUUCUUGUAUCAUUUCAACAGACAAUAAAACAGUAAAAUAACGUGGAAAGGAAA